AAUCUCCAUGCAUACCUUGGGCAAUAAUAACACACCAAAUUGUCUCUUUUCUCGGUGAUUUGUUUUGAUAUCAAGGCAAGAGUUUUGGGGAACAGCAGAGAAGGAACCAUCGAACGCCGCGCACCAUCGCUUCCCACUUUGUCAUCCAACUCUAACUUCCGGCAGUUACUACGCGCCAUGGUAAUGUUGCGCUCGGUGCUUUCCACCGCUCGACGUGUUCCACUCAUCAAGUUCCGCAAGGGUGGCCCUUUCCUGGAGGCGGCCAGUCAUACGGCGGGCGGUGCAACCGGUUCUGCCGCUGCCACAGCAGCUCCAGCGCACGCACGAUCCGUGUCAUCGGGGGAAGCGAUUGAAGAAUGGCAGCUGCCGGCACGGUACCGCAGGAAACCGAUUGAUGACGUCGAGAUGGAGUGGAUCAACCGUGGUGGACCGCCAGCUUAGACCUUGGGACGAUGGUUUCGACGUGCGUAAUCUCUCCACCAUCUUCACGUGCGUUCCCCUAGUCAGUAAUGGAUGGCAAGCAGGCAGGCAGGCAGGCAGGCGCAGGCCAGCAAUGGAACAACAUUGUAUGCGGCCGUUUUGUAGUUUCUUAAAAGCGAUGUAUGUUAUGGCAAACUAAUUGCUCUAAAUGGAGCUGCUAUCGAAAUUGGAAAGCACGUUACACCAACGACAACAAGCGGGCGUGAUCCUCCUUGGUAGCGAGUGCAUUGGGCUGUGGUGACCACCAGCUUUUCAUCCAAGCGCAGAGCUGUUGAUGCAAGCUUUCGUGAAACAAUAAAUAUUCUAUCGAUAUCAAGAAUGGUGCUAAUAUUAACGAACCUACCCUA